AUGAAAGAGAGAAAGCGCAUUCGGCUUAGUGAUUAUACCGAAUGCCUUGUUUUAGAGGGUGAAUCACUGUUGAAUUUAUCGUCGUCAGCACCGAACAGCCCGUCGAAAGCCGAGCGUGAGAUGAAAAUGCAGUUGAUGAGGGCGAAAUCAGCUGGAGAGCUGAGCGAUCAGCAAGACGAGCGCAUUCUGUGCUAUAAGAAGGGACAAGCGCCCGCGGCACCGUUCGGGCACAUGAACCAACCGCGAGUGCUCUACACGAACACUCUGCCAAACCCGUCGGCGAGCUGUCGAAAGGGCAUCAGACACAUUCCGACACAGGCCGAGAGGAUUCUCGACGCACCCAAUUACAUGGAUGAUUACUGUGAGUGA